UUCCCACGUGUAGGAGUGUGUAAAUGAGCAGAUUGCUUUUCCUAAUUAUAUUUCAAAUUAUGCAGCAAGAUCAAGUUCGCGUGAAAUGACAUAAUUAUCCUAUUUUUGCAUAAUAAUUGAACCUCAUUACACAACCACAAUUUUGUUACAGUGUGCAAAAUGCGAGCCAACGCAAUAUAUAUCCGCCGACUCCAUCGCCGUUCUCAGUUCGCAUGUUCAGACAUUAGCUGCGUGGAGCCGGUGGCUUCUCAGAUCACAUCAGUCAACGGUAAACACAGGGAAAACCCGCAUCAUUCUGGGGACCCGCAGGAGCUAGCCCCAGAGUGUGAGUGGGAAGUAGCCCCGUCUACGAGGUCGGUCUUGAAAAGGGUUCUCAGCUUCUUUCAGUUGAAGAACAGCAUUUCCCCUUCGCAAGAACACCCCAAGCCCUCCUCGCCAGCACGGCCUCCUAAGCAACCACUUAAUCCGAGAAACCGCAGGAAGCUCUACUGUCCGGGGGAAUCGGCGAGCGAUAAAGAAAAUAUCCCCCCCUUGCCCAAGGCACCGACGGCCGUGUCUCUGCUUCGAAGCUUUCGCCAGCAAGACCUGGAGGAAAGCAAGCAAGAACAGGGUCUUCGUCCGCCCCUCGGGGUGAGACCGCUGUCGGAACUCAAGCAGUUCGCUCAUCCCGGGACUCAGGGACGCUCAAGACAGUUCUCAAAACUAUCGAUUAAAAGACCUGACCAUCACCUAUCCCACGAGAGCGGCAGCACGAGUGAGAACCACACUCCCAGGAAAAUUCUCCGACGCAGCCGGCGAGACAAUUCUACGGGAGACGUGUACGUCACACACAAGCACUUCAGCAAAUUCAGUGAACUCAUUGGAGACCCACUGAUCCAGAAGUUCUUGAAUGCUGAUGUGUGCCGCAGAUAUGCAGACAAAUACCUUAUAGCUAUGGUUUUUACCUACUUUCUGCGAUCAAGACUUCAGUUUCAUGAAUACACCAAGGACAAUUUCUUUGCAGGACUAUAUCUCGCCCAUGAUAUGGAAGAAGAUGAAGAAGAGCUGAAGUAUGAGGUGUUUCCAUGGAUACUUGGUCGCAGAUGGCGCAAGACAUAUCCAACUCUCUUACAAAGGCGUGAUGAGAUUUACUGGGCUAUUGACUGCCGCGCUGUUGUGUCUAAAAAAUGCUGUGAUCAGGUUAUGGAUUUGGAACCAGAUCACUGGGUAUGGAAACGUGAACGCCCUGAAUAUCAUGGGGGAGCUGUGAGAGACUAUCUUCGGCAUGAAGAUGAUAAUGGACAUCCUCGUGGGCCAGAUAAGUCCCCUCUUCAGUGUCAGGAGUGUCUUGAGCGCCAGUGUCAGGAGUCUGAGAAUUCUUAUCUACUCUACAUGUCAGAUUCUGACUUCAGCAGUGAUACUAAGGCCUCUGGUGAAGGUGAUGCAAUUGCACAAAAUGAAAAGGAUUCUGGAUUUGAAACUUUUUUAUGUGAAGCAAUGGACAUAGAAAGCACUAUCAAAAACAAUAUCCCUAUGGAAAGUAAUGCUGCCCCUGAAAAACAGCAUGCAAAUUUGUUGAUUACCAGUCCUGGUAAACUGAAAGAGACCAAUAACAAUUUUAUUUGCACAAAUGGAGACUGGAAGACCUGUCCUUCAGAUGACACCUCUGCAUAUGACCUUUCAGUUGACUCUGGGGAAGAAAUGGAAUGUCAGGGGAAUGACAGCACUGAGGCAGUUAAUAAUGAAAAAUUUUCUUUGUCUCAGGCUGACACUGUUAGUUUUCACUCAGAAGUCCAAUCUAAACUUUCUCAGGAAUUUUGAUAUGAACUGCUCUAUAGAUUAAUAUAUUCUUAUAAACUAUCACUUUCAUAGUUUUGUUAAGAACUGAUUUUCUAUUUUUUUAAUGGUAUUUUGUUUCUUAACUUCAGAAUUUACAGGUAUCUUCAUUACCCUGUACAGAUCUUGACAAAAUGUUGUAUGGCUGAAUCUCUGUUUUGUUUUAUUUUGGUAUAUCUAUGCACUAUAGAAUAUGUUGUAAAUGGACAAAGUACACUGAAGAACUUUUUAUGUAUUCUCCUAUUCCAUUUUGCCUUUAUUUAGUUACACAGUCCAGUGCUGAUAGGUGACUUGGUUUUAUUUUUCAAAAAAUCCAACAAAUCAUAGUAUUAAAAUUUACAUGAAAUUACAGUAUAUGAAAACUUGUAUAUAAAAACAGCAUUAUAGCAUUAUUGGCUCCCAGUAGACAUUAAUUAAAUGUCACUUUCUGUAUCUUCAUGAAAGGAAUGCCUUCUUAUUUUCUAUUACCUAGAACUGCAUAAUUUCUUUCAUUCAUGUAGACCUAAUGAAUCCAGCUUCAGUAUGUGAUUUAAUA